UGUGCGCACAGUUCCUGUCCCUUUAACGUUGUUCGCACAGUCCCUGUCCCUUUAAGUGUGCACGGUCGGGUUGCGAUGGUAACAGUUGGCAUGGCUAUCGCACGUCAUUGUCCGCCAUGUUCCUGACUAAGAAGCUGGUUUUAUCGAGGGCCAAAGCUUCCGAUUUGGACACCGUUAAGAAGCUUAACUGUUGGGGAAGUAAUCUGAAAGAUCUCUCUAUAUUAAGGGAAAUGCCCAACAUAGAAGUGAUGACAUUAAGUGUGAACAACAUCUCUUCUUUAGUGGAUUUUCAAUACUGUCAGAAUAUUAGUGAGCUUUACCUCCGGAAAAACGAUAUUCAAAGCCUGGUGGAGAUAUGCUACCUGAAGGAGCUGCACCGCCUACGAGUGCUGUGGUUGUCAGAAAACCCUUGUUGUGGGACAGACCCCCACAAAUACAGAAUGACUGUCUUGCGAAACUUGCCACAGCUGCAGAAGCUCGACAACCAAGUGGUGACAGACGAGGAGCUGGCUCAAGCUUUAGAGGAUGGAGAAGAGAUGGCUGCCAUGCUAAGCAAAGAGCCCAUGGAGCCAACAGCGAACCACUCCAGGAGAGAAUCUGGCACUUCUGAACCAAGCACCGAAAUGGAAAGCGAUGUCUUAAGCUUCAGGAUGGAAGAGACAAAUAAAAUCCGUGAAGAACUUGGAAUGAAACCACUGGGAAGAGACAAAUUUUCCUCUUCUGUUGCAGUGAAGGAACUUAAAGCCUGUAAUGGCACCAAAAGGUGCACAUCCAAUGUGCUGAGUGCUAUUCUUCUGCUAUUGAAAGAGUUAGAUGGAGAUGGGCUGGAGAUCGUGCACAGAACGACAGAGCAUAAACUCCGAAUGUUGCACAGGAAAGAGACUGAACAGGACAGAUGAGCUACAACCAACCAGGGCUCACAGACUAUUAGUGAAUUGACUCCUGUGGAUCCCAUUUCAAAAUUCAAUGAAAAUGUCUGAGAAGAUAAAAGCAAAGACUUGGAGAAGAGAUGAAAAGACUUCACCACAGGGUUAACAUAAGGUGUUAUUGGUCCUAGAGAGAAUCUACCAAAUGCUAUACAUACAAUCAUCCUGCCAGACAGGGUUCUGCUUAUUGGGGCCAGUAGCUGCAUACAUCUUUAUAGUCACCACUCAUGGCUUAAUAUGAGAGCCAGAAUUCAUCAGUAAACCUCUCAUUCUGCAAUUCUGACUGGAAAGACAACGCUGUUACUGUACAAAGGGUAGCUGCAUGAUAAAAGGGAACAGGUACAAGGAAAAACCAUGUAAUACUACUUCAUCUCCACAGGUCAAGGAUUUAAUAUUGAUUGUCAGGUUUUUUUACUCCUCUUGUCCUGAUGUUACCUGCAUUCAAUGUUUAGGCAUUCAUUCUUGACGUGUGUUGAUCUGAAUAAAAGUUUCUAUGAAAA